CUCCCUGGUCCCGGCAUGCACCGGGGAGUAGGCCCGGUCUUUCUCUUGGGCAGGAAGAUGGCGGCCUCUAGCGCAGAGCCGCAGAUCUUGGUACAAUACUUGGUGUUACGAAAGGAUCUAUCGCAGGCUCCGUUUUCCUGGCCAGCGGGCGCACUGGUGGCACAGGCUUGUCACGCAGCCACCGCGGCCUUGCACAUUCACCGUGACCACCCGCACACGGCUGCCUACCUCCGGGAGCUGGGGCGCAUGCGCAAGGUGGUCCUCGAGGCCCCAGAUGAGACCACCCUAAAGUUGCUGGCUGAGACCCUGCAACAGAAGAACAUUGACUACAUGCUGUGGCUGGAACAGCCAGAGAAUAUCGCCACUUGCAUUGCGCUCCGUCCCUACCCCAAGGAAGAAGUGAACAAGUAUUUGAAAAAGUUCCGAUUGUUCACAUGACUGUUAACAAUUGCGUUGAUAUAUUUGAAUAUCAGUUAGAUCCAGAAACUACAUGCCGUCCAUCCCUAAGCAUCAUAUACUCCUUUCAAUGGCAACUCGCUCUUCCCGUUAAAUUAUGACAGUUCCUUGAGGGUCAAACACAUGUUUGUAUUAAAAUUGUCAUUAAUAAGUA